CACACACACACACAUUCCUGUCUCUCACGCGCCUGGACUUGCCCCCUCCAAAGUCAGCCCGAGCCCGUGACGUGGACGCGCACUCGGGAGCGCGCUCCUCGGAGCCGGUGGUGGCUCCUCUCCUCUUAAGAAGCAGGAGUCGGUCCGGAUGCUCGGCACAUCCCGGGGCGGACUGCUGAGGUGUGUCGGUCCUGUCCGCUGUCAGCCUGCAGCCUGAUGACCGAGCUGCUGCUCAGCCCGUAAACAACCACAGAGGGGGAAAAACAACAACAACUACAAAACAACAAACAAACAAACAAGCAAACCGACAAACGCGGCAGGUGGAGUUGUGCUUGACAGACAAUGGCGCUCUCCUGGAGUCUUCUGCUGGCGUUCCUGUUUGCCGCCCUGGUCGUGUCACACAGCGCCGAGCCCGGAGCCCCUCACGGCAAGAGGAGACAGGCGCAGACCUCAGCAGGCGGCAGCAACACCCUGCAGCACCCUCUGCAGGGCCUCCAGGGCCACCGCUACAGCAGGGAGCGCGGAGGCCACGGGGGCCAGGGUGCCCGCGGCGCCAAAGGAGGAGCCGGGCUGCUCUCCCACAGGCCCCUGCACCCUCUGGCCAGGCCUGAGGACGAUGGGACGGGCCUGGAGAGUUUGAGCCCGGUGAGACUGGAGAUGGGCCCGGGCAGGGACAGAGACAGACCUCGAAUGAGUAUGAAAAGUCCACAGCAGGCCCGGGACAACGACCUUCUGGGGACGCGCAAAGGGAGAGGGCACGGACACCACUUCGAGCACAGGAGACAAGGGAGUCGGCACGAAAAGGGGCGGCAUGGAAAAGGGUUUCUCCCUGAACCCGAGCUCAGCUCUGCAUUUAGGGACAGAGAUCUGUUCGACGAGUCUCCCUCCUCCUCCUCCUCCUCCUCCUCUUCCGCCUCCCCCUCCUUCAGCGUGACCCCGCCCAGUGAAGCCCCCUCCCCCAUCGCUGCCGUCUUUGGCUCCGGCUCCUCCAUGGUUACCACGGUGAUGAACGAGCAUCCCCCAACGCUGCCCCCGGCCUCCACCAAACCCCAGAGGUCUGGAAGAGGGAAAGGACAAGGGGAGGUGAUGCCAACGUUGGACAUGGCGCUCUUUGAUUGGACAGACUACGAGGACAUGAAGCCCGUGGACAGCUGGCCGUCGUCCAGGAAGAAAGACAAGAGGCGGAGCAAGAACCUCAGCAGUGGAAACGUGACCGUGGACGCCGACGCCAUCGAGCCGUGCGACCACCACCUGGACUGUCUCCCAGGUUCUUGCUGUGAUCUGAGACAACACGAGUGCAAACCUCACAACAGAGGCCUCAACAACAAAUGCUACGAUGACUGCAUGUGUGAGGAAGGGUUUCGGUGUUACGCUAAAUUCCACCGGAAGCGACGUGUGACCAGGCGGAGGGGUCGCUGCGUGGUACCAGAGUCAGUCAGCAGUGAUCAGGGAGGCUUCAUCACUAUCUGAGAAGGAGGAAGAGGAGGACAAGAUGGAGGAAGACGAACAGGAAAAAUGACCCCAUGAUGACAGAAUAGAUAUUAUCAGCCAAGACAUCACACGACACCAGUAACAGAUCAGGUGCUGAAAGGUGGAGACUUGCUGGUUUUAAAAUCCAUCCUACGAUGUAAAUAACAGCAUCUUGUCUGUGAAAACAAACUUACAAGGUGACUUGUUCAAAUGUUGCAUCGUUGGAUGAGCCACAUCUUCGAAAAUACAGCAGCUCAACAUCUUUUAAGCGCUUACUAGGUUCAGUUAAAAUCCAUACAUCCGUUUUAAUUCCGUUUUUGUAACUCCGGCAUCACUACAGAACCGUUUUUAAAGAAAACGUGACGAGGGGUCAAUCCACAAUGCCCUAUUUUCUAGAAAAAGAGCUUUUUUUUGUUGUGACUUUGCCGACGACUGUGGAGGACUGAAAGAGCCAAAAUCAAAAAUAAAAUAAAUGAACGAAUUAUGAGUCAGUAAAUAAAUUAAUAUGCCCUCAAAUGCACCAAACACAAUAUUAAAAAUAAAUGUACGCAUUAAUUAAGUUAUAAAAUGUUACGUACAUUUAUAUUUCUAUUUGAUUCAACCCGCCCAGGAGAUUAUGCUUUCACACGUUUCCAUUUGCUUGUUUAUCGGCUGGUUUGUGAGCAGGAUUACACAAAAACUACUGAACGGAUUUCCACGAAAGUUUGAUCGAAGAAGAGUCUCGGCCGAGAACAGAUCCCGAAAACUCCUGUUGUGGAUCUGGAUGAAGGGACGGAUCCAGGGAUGUUGUUCUUUCUUUAACAUUGCGCGACAGGAUGUUUUUCAGUAUUUUUUGUUAACUUCUUGGGGAAUAAUACAUUGAUCUUGAUGAAAAAGCUGGUUUAUUUCUGUUACUGGUAUCUAUCUUUGAAUAAAAAAGGGCACUGUUUGGCCUUGGCUAUUUAUUUACCUUUACCUUACUGCUAAAUUAAAACAGAAUAAUAGUUCAUGUCACAUUUUAUAAUUUAAAUAACGUACUUAAGUUCUUUUAUUACUAUUUUUGGUGCAUUCAUCUAUAUUGACGUAUUUAUUCUUUUUAAUUUUGGCAGUUUCAUUCCUCCACAGCUGACAUGACUGAGUGACAUUUUUAAACUUCUCAUUGUUCAUGUGUUUACGUUUACCACCAACAUGGCGGCUGUUGAUUAUUUGGUUUCAUUUUUUUUUAACGAGUUGUGUAAAAAGAAAAACCCUCUUUCUGACGACGUCUCUCACAGUUUUUUUUUUCCCUCCCUGCAUCUGAUCGUCUCCGUCUCUGCCGAUCUGAGUCAAACAAUGUUUACAAAUCGUUUUUAAGUUUUGAAUUACUGCUCUGCGUCCCUGAUGGGAGGCUUCAGGAUCACGCGAACUUCACUUAAGAGUUUCUUUGUGAGUUCUCCGCUACAUUUUAUUCCUAAAAAUCAUUUGUAAAUGCUUUUUGAACCCAGUCUGCUGUCCUGUAUUGUAAAUAUGAGUGUGUUUACGUUGCCAACGACUUUUUGUUAAAUUGACUCCACUUCUCUUGUAUUUAACAGUAGAGUGAUAAACAAAGAUGCUUGUCUGACAUCUCUUUUACAUGUCUUAAUAUAUGUUUUAUUUAUACUGUACUUAAAAACACGUUUGUCUAUAUAUUGUGUUUUUCUGUUUUUGUUUUCAUGAUUAAACACUUACUAGGAUGUUG